UAUUUUUUUAAUCUAAUGAAGUGUUUAUUUAUAGUUGCAACUUUUCUUCUCUUAUCAAUAAGUGGAGUGAUACCAAAAUCGAAGAAAGGUUUUUCGUGUAACGAUGAUUCCAUUCGAUAUCCUUAUCUAGGAGAUACUAUAACUCCCAUCCAAUUAUUCACUAUUUUACUAUUUUUUCCUACAACAGUAAUUAUUUUAAACGAGUUAAAUUAUCCUUCAACGCAGAGAGUUGUCAAAUCCAGUAUCAAAUAUUAUCUGAUAGGAUUCCUUUACGUAUAUGCUAUAACAGAAGUGCUGAAACAUUAUGUUACGGGACUUCGUCCCCAUUUUUUACACACGUGUAUGCCAGAAUGGUCAAAUAUAAAUUGCUCGAUAAGCGACACCAUUUCUCAAUUCAUCUGCACUGGAUCCUCUCAUCUAGUUCAUUCAGAUAUAUAUAAAUCGUUUCCCUCCGGACAUUCCUCACUUUCUUGUUUUGCUCUGGUUUUUCUUAAAAAAUAUUGCAAACGGAUAAAGAUAAAUCACUUGUAUUGGUUAAUUUUUCUAUCGUUUCUCCUAUGGACUCUGGGUUGCUGUAUAACUCGUAUUUAUGACCAUCGUCAUCAUUGGUGGGAUGUUGUUGGAGGGAUGUCACUGGGAAUAAUAACUGGUUGGUUUAUGGAUAAAAUAAAGGAAAACACAGCUAAAAAAUCAUUAAAAUUUUAAUGAUUAAUAAAAAAAUCUUAAU